GGCGGAGACGUGUCUCUCAGUCAGAGCAUCCUUCCGUCAUGGCGUCUGUUUGGGCUAAAUCCCUCGUCAAACUGCCGGUCCUGUCUGUUUUCUUCCUCCUGCUGAUAUGUCUGCCGCCCGGGGGAGGACAAAAGAAGAAGGAGAACAUGCUGUCAGAGAAGGUUGACCAGAUGAUGGAGUGGUCCUCUCGGCGUUCGGUCGUCCGGAUGAACGGGGACAAAUUCCGGCGCUUCGUCAAGGCCCCACCCAGGAACUACUCUGUCAUCGUCAUGUUCACUGCCCUGCAACCUCAAAGGCAGUGUUCUGUCUGCAGGCAAGCGAAUGAGGAGUACCAGGUCCUGGCAAACUCGUGGCGUUACUCAUCUGCAUUUUCCAACAAGCUCUUCUUCACGGUAGUGGACUACGAUGAGGGAGCGGAUGUUUUCCAACAGUUGAACAUGAACAGUGCUCCCACCUUCAUGCAUUUCCCGGCAAAGGGAAAGCCCAAGAGAGCGGAUACGUUUGACCUGCAAAGGAUUGGCUUUGCUUCAGAGCAGCUGGCCAAGUGGAUUGCGGACCGCACAGAUGUGCAGAUCCGUGUCUUCCGUCCUCCAAAUUAUUCAGGCACUAUUGCUUUGGCUCUGUUGGUGUCACUAGUUGGCGGUCUGUUGUAUCUGAGGAGGAACAACUUGGAAUUCAUAUACAACAAGACUGGAUGGGCUAUGGCUGCACUGUGUGUAGUGUUCGCGAUGACAUCCGGUCAGAUGUGGAAUCACAUCAGAGGUCCUCCCUACGCCCACAAAAAUCCCCAGAAUGGACAAGUGAGUUAUAUUCAUGGCAGCAGUCAGGCUCAGUUUGUGGCCGAGUCUCACAUCAUCCUUCUUCUGAAUGCUGCAAUCACCAUGGGGAUGGUGCUGCUAAAUGAGGCUGCCACCUCCAAGGGUGAUGUUGGCAAGAGGAGAAUCAUCUGCCUGGUUGGCCUUGGCCUGGUGGUGUUUUUCUUCAGCUUCCUGCUCUCCAUUUUCAGGUCCAAGUACCAUGGAUACCCCUACAGCUUCCUUAUUAAGUGACAAAAAAGACAGAAGAGGAGGCCUGCGGAUGGCGGAGAGGCGAUAGGUUAGAAGAAGAGGAGUCGACAAGAUACUUGAAGAGGAGGAGGCGUCAAUAUUCAGUCUAGAGUGCAUGGUGGAGUUUCAGUUUCUGUGUGUUGUGUUUUUUUUUUUAUUGACUCCUAUCAUAAACUCUGCUAGUUGAAUAGAAAAUAAAUUAUUCCUUCUUACACUGGAAAAUAAAGGUCUUUGGCAUGUCUCUGUA